GCCAGGAUUGCAAUUAAUACACGCAGCUGCAGACGUGUAUUUCUGGUGUUAUUUGCAGACCCCAUAAGUUCAUGCCAUGAUGAUGAACCAAAAAUACAGCCGUGUCUGCUGCAUCGUCGCGCCAACUAUAGUUUCAUGUGCUUGCGCGCCCCCCAGAGAGUAGCCGCGCUGCAUGCGCACCCUGGUCGCAUCGUCACUGGCAGCGAACCACAACGGAACUGCAGGCGCCACACGACCCAUCAUCCAGCGGCGAGGUUUGCGACCCCAAUAAUAUAGCAAAAACGCGCAGUCGGAUUAAGUGAAGGCAAAUGGGCGCAAUAUAUUGCGGCGAGGACAAAGGAUCCGCUUGGGCGGAUACGACACGAUAAAGAACUUCCUUGCCCGCGCCUACCUCUGCAAGUCACUCACCAACUGCCAAAAUGCUUCGAUUAAUGCCCUUCACGUCUCUGCCGCUUCUGGCGGCGGCCGCGUAUCUAGAUCCCUCGCUACAACAGCAAAAGCCGUUGCUAGACUCCAAGCCAGCGUUGUCACGCGUACUCCCUCUCACGUUGGACCGACACCUUCACUACACCUUCGCUGCCUCCGACGAUGACUUCACGCGUACCCGUCUCGACCAACUCCAAGGCCCAUUAGCUGCGUGCGGCAUCAAAGACGUCGCCGACCACGCCAUCACCAUCAACAUUCCCCUCAACUCUUCACUCACGGGUACCGCUACGUUCUCCACUCGAUAUCAAUCAGAACUAUGGUCUCAGUCUACCGAUCAGUUCACAUGGACCCAAGAGCUACCACUGCAUGCCCUGUCCAUGCUAGGCGCGCGCAUCCCGUUACUCGACAUUGGCAUCAGAAAGGGUGGUAUGCUUACCAUGCCUGCUGAAGUCGCUUCUCUCGAUCUAAGCACACCCCACAUCUACGUUCCGAAGGGAAUCUGGGACGUCUUGCUGCUAGCUACGACUACCGAACUGCAAGCCAGAGACGGUGAGGAAGUGCUGUACGUGGACUGUGGGGCUUUGAGCGUUUUCCCUGAUAUCGUUUUCGGAAUUGGGCCAAGGGACUGCGGAGGCGAUGAAGAGAUGGCAGAAGAUGACGAAGAAGAGGAAUAUGGCGAGGACGAAGAAGAAGAUUACGGAGAGCUAGUCAUUACACCCGAACAGUAUGUUUUACAGACUUCAGAGGGGAAAUGCAUGCUUCUGGCUAGGAACGCCGACUCUAAUCCUAUUGUACCAGGAAGAGUCAGUCUUGGCUGGGCGGCGGUGAGGGGUCGCGAAGUCUUACUGGAUCGGCAUGUUGGACGCAUUGGCUUUGGAAGGUCAGUAUGAGAGUGCAGAAAGCGGAAGAAGAACUAGCGUUAAAUACCCACAUGAUGAGAUCCAUGUCCGCAAUUCUCGUAACCAAUGUCAGAAGAGAGUAAACGAGCUUCAAUUUGAACGCAUGACGACAUUGAUACUGUCUGUGGUGCCCUGGACAUGACGGCAUGGACGCGUGAG